GCAAGCUGCUGCAGACAAGAAACAAAUAAUCAUCUCUUGUGGCAAUGGCUGACCACCAGAACAAAGUUUCAUUACUGGGAAGACUGAUCAUGCUGUUAUGUUUCACAAGAGUUAAUGGAGACAUCUCACAGAACUGCAGUGAAUUCCAAUCUUAUUCCUGGAGAAGUAUUUUAAGAAGGUCUGAACUCAGUGUCCAGUUCAUGCUACUUACACGCAGGAAUGCCGACUGUGCACAGUUUAUCAAAGGUGACAAUGACAUUGAGAAUUCAAACUUCAAUGGGAGCCUUCCCACCAAAAUAAUAAUGCAUGGAUUCAGAUUGACAGGGAGCAAACCCUCUUGGAUUGACGAUAUGGCAAAAGAACUGAUUAAUGCAAUGGAUGUGAAUGUUGUUAUUGUCGAUUGGAUUAUUGGUGCAACAGCUUUAUAUUCUAGUGCAGUGGAUAAUUUGGAUAAUCUAGGAGAGGAGAUUGGUACCCUUAUACAAAGCUUUGUUUCACAUGGAAGCACAAGAGAAUCGUUCCAUUUGAUUGGAGUCAGUCUGGGAGCACAUUUGGCUGGAAAUGUGGGCCGUGUGUUUGAUGGAAAACUAGGAAGAAUAACAGGUUUAGAUCCCGCUGGGCCCAAAUUUUCAAAGAAGGCUGUGGACAGACGCCUUGAUCCUGGCGAUGCAGUGUUCGUUGAAGCUAUUCAUAGUGAUUCUGACUACUUUGGAAUUUCGCAACCAGUUGGCCAUAUUGAUUUCUACCUAAAUGAUGGAAAAGAUCAACCUGGUUGUACACGGAGUUCCACAUCCUCAGUGUACAAACAUGUAAUCUGUGACCACAUGAGAGCAGUUCAUCUGUACAUCAGUUCCAUCAAGAAUCAUUGUCCAUUGGUUGCUUUCCCUUGUCUGUCAUACGAGCUAUUUAUCAAUGGAGAGUGUGUGAAAUGCCAAUACAACUCCCUGAGACACUGUCCUCAAAUAGGACUUUUGGACUAUGCAGGUAUGCGUGCAUCGAUACAACCAAGGGAGGUUAAAGCAUUCCUGAUGACAUCAAGUCAUGCGCCUUUCUGUGUGAAACAUUUUCUGGUAGAACUGAUGUUGGGAGAGAUUGGAACUCAUAAUCAGCGUGUUGAGAUGAUAUUUCUGAGUAAUAACUACAAGCAAAGAUCAAAACUACAAUUACUAAUAACGAAUAAAAGAAUAAUUAAAAAAGUGAUAUCACAUGACGUGAGCCUUGGGAACAUGACAGCUGUCAAUAUUAAACUGUUGUCUACCUGGCAUCAGAAAGCUCACGUAAUUCCUAUUGAGAUGUUGCGCAUUACAGAACUCCCGUUGAAUGACAGAGAAACACAAUCUCGCUGCAUCUACGAUAUGGUGAUAAAUAAAGUCAUAUUUCAGGAGCUUGUUAACUGUUAAGCAAAAUGUCUCAAAACCUAUUGAUCCAAGAAUGAAACAGCCAGACUAUACUCUCGUUAACAAAUCAGAAAGACUUCAAAUGUUCUUUCCGAGAGAAAUAAAAGAUGAAACGUAAUGUGCUUUAAAAUAGAGGCAUAUUAUAUAUAGAAUGACAAAGAAACAUGCUGAACUUGGUCAGUUACAUUGCAGAUGAAAGUUUGUUAGAACUGGUUUAUACAUAGCAUAUAUAAAUAUAAACCAAGAAUGCAUCAUCAGCAGGUUGAGUUAAUAAUGUAGUGGAUGUACCAUUAACAAAAUAAACAUGCAUACAGCUGUAUUCUUGC